AUGAAGUACCUUCUGGUCUUAACAGCGCUGUUGAGCGUAACAUCUGCCGACGUAAGCAGCUUCAAGCCGUAUCAUAUCCGUGAGCAGCAACAGCAGCAGCAAUAUACCACAGAGCCUAUACCUAUCAUCAGACAGGAGCAGGUCAUUAAUCCCGACGGCUCUUACAAAUGGAGUUAUGAGACUGGCAACGGCAUAACAGCAGAAGAACAGGGCUAUGUGAAGAACCAGGGAAUACCAGAGCAGGAGGCACAAACAGCACAGGGGCAGUAUCAAUAUACUGCACCAGAUGGACAGUAUUUAGCCGAUGAGAACGGAUUUCAGCCACAAGGUGCCCACCUCCCAACUCCACCUCCAAUCCCACCGGAAAUUCAGAAGGCACUAGAGUAUCUGGCUACUGUGCCUCCAAGCAAUGAACCAACCAAUGACGCUAAACAUAGAGAUUUUGGCUUAUAUUACAAUAGUCACUCUUGA